AUGUCGGUCGGAUACGAUCGGAUUACCAGGAAGUGUAUUUACUCAUCAGAGAGUGUGUACAAAAGUAUCAAAUUUAUUGCUGACAAGAUAAACUUCGAAUCUUCUCAUUGUGUAAUUGUUACAAGCGUGGUGACCGCCGAAUUCGGUCGGUCAAAAGAUGUAAUAUUGCAAUUUAACGGAUCAGUUUCCAACGAUAGCUGUGCACUGUUGAAAUUACUUGAAGCCGGUAAAAUUGCAAAAUCCACGUUGAACUGCUAA